AAUCGAUUAAAAAAUCGUUUCCAAUGCAAAAUUUAACGCUCUUUCUAUUGAUGCCAGCCAUUUUCUCAUAGGUCAAGCCGAUCUCGAGAUAUGAGCAAAAAUAACUUUCGCACGCUGUUUUCGCAUAGAACCCCUCAUUCUAGGAAGCUGCAAAUUUCAGAAUCGGCUUUUCCGACCCCGAUUUACCAAAUAUCCAAAAUGCAGCCACUUCUACCGCAGGGCGAUUUCACAGCUAAUUUUACUGGACUAUAUGUGCGAGUGCGGAGUGCGGCACGACACACGGCACGGCAAGAGGAAACAAUAUGAUUACCUAACCUACGAGAAUUGAACUAAGGAUAUUUGAAUAUAAAAGUGAGAUCCAAUAGCUUUUAGAGAAAUGCUUGCAAAAAGACUUUUUCGUCUGUCUAUAUCAUUAAGAAGAUCCAAUAUCUUAACUCAACAAGUUUUGGCCUAUCAUGUAACACACAUUGAAAAAAUAAAAGAUAACAGAAGUUCAUUACCAUUCGAAAAUGCUAAUGUAGAUGAAUUAAUGUCAGAAUUAAAAUCUCGGUUUCCAUCAAAAGUUUUGGUUACUUUGGAAGCUAAUAAAAAUAUUAUAAAAGGCCCACAUAUUAUUGUUGCAUUGCAAAGUUUGGUCAAAUCUUAUAAAAGAGAAAUAUCUAAUAAAAGUAUCAAAACAACUGAUCCAUCGGAUCGUCAUGCCUUUCUCAAACCAAUUUGUGAUAUUAUUGAUUCAAGGAUUGAUCAGUUGACAAAUUCAGAAGCAAUAGAAAUUUUAAGUCUCUUCGCAAAAAUAAAAAUCCCAUUUUCAGUUGGUACUGUUCAAUUAAUACUAAAGCAUAUUUGUAAUAAUUUGAACGAUAUGUCACUGAUUUAUUUUGGCACGUUAUCUUUAAUAAUUAGAAGAAUGCCACAAUCACCAUUGAUCAAAGGCGUACAAAAAGCAUUAGAAAAAAAGUUUGUAGUAAAGCUGUCAAUAGAUUUUGAUGAAAAUAAUAUCACAUAUCUUGAAAGUGCACUGUCUUUUAUUAGUUAUCAUGCAAAUGGUAAAAAUUAUCAAUUAUUGGAACAUGUUAUCCAAAGUUUAGAGAAUUACAAGGGUGAUAUAUCUCUUAAAAGCAGUAUUUUAAUAUUAGAAUCAUUGUGUAAUAUGAGAUACCAUCCAAAAGGAUGGUUAGAUAUUUUACAUCGAGUUGAGGAUGUUAUAUUGAAUAAUAUCAAAGAGCUUAAUGUAAAUCAAGUUAAUUUUAUAAUCUACAUAUUAUCUGAAAGACUUAAAUCAGCAGACAUUCUUUUAGCAAAAGAAUUUUAUAAUCCUGAUUUUAUAGAUAGAUUGAUUCAGAAAUUAAUAAGUGAUGAUGUUGGCUUAAAUAGUGCAUUGAGUGCAAUCAAAUGUUUAUGUUUUAUUAGACAUGAAAGUAAAGAGUUGUUGAAUUAUACAUUUGCCACUUAUUUUGAAAAAACCAUUCUAUCUGGAGAGACAUUUGAUGACCAUAUUAACAAGCUCUUAGUUUUGAUAUCUGGUGCAGCAACGAUGAUGCAUAAAAACAUUUUUUGGAAAGAAAUAGAAGAUUUUAUUAUGAAGAGCGAUAGUAUAUUGAAAUACAGUCAUGAAACUUUGACUAUUUGUGCACUAAAUCUAUUGUGCUUAGAGUCAUAUCAUCAUUCAAUGUUACGUACCAUUUUUGAUUGUAAUUAUGAUUAUUCCAAAGAACAAUUCUUGCAUUGGACAUUUUGUAAAAUCUAUCAAAAACUGAAAGUAGAACAAAAUUAUGAUGGACCUGUACCGAGUGAAUCACAAAUUAAUGCAUUAAAAAGGUUGAGUUUUGAGACACAUAAAAAAAAAGGGAAAAAAAGGGAAGAUCUUGUGGACUAUCUUCAAGAUGGAAUGGGAGGGUCUGAUUAUGUAAAGAGUGACUUUACAACAAAAUUAUUUCAUCUGAUUGAUCAUGUUGUUAUUUUGGACAAGAAUGGCAAUCCAGUUCCUAUAAGUACCGAAACAAAUAAAAGUGAAACAGACACUUUAAAUUACCUGGAAAAUUUGAAGGUUCCUCCGGCAAGCAAAGUAAUUGUCAUUAUACUUAUGCCACAUUAUUGGUUCUUCAGAAAUUCUGGUAAUUUAAUGGGUAACUUCAAAAUCACUGUGAAUACUUUGGAAGCAAUGUCUUAUAAAGUUGUUGCAAUUGACGAAAGCAUGUGGUAUACAAUACCCAAAGAACAAAAGACAUCAUUUUUGAUGAAAGAAAUCCGCUCAAAGUUAUUCUCAGAUUGAGCAAAAGUGACAGUAACAUCAAUUGUUGAAAUUUAGAUUUUUUGUAAUACAAUGUUAAUAAAUAUCUUAAAUAUUUUUAUAAAUAUUAUGUUUGUAUAAACUUA